GUGAUAUAAUAUUGUAUUCGUGUUCAAACACUGGUCCCGAGUCCCGGGCCUAGGCUGUGCUGGUUCAAGCGGCGAGCACGUUGUCGGCUGUUGCCAGUGAAAGCCAUUGCUUUGCUUUCAUCGUAGUGGGGCGUGUGUAAGAAAAGUGAAUGUGGUUUGUGUGGCGGUAGCGCGGAUUGGCGGUAUCGGCUAUCGAGGAGCUGAGUGAGGGCUGCCUGCGGACCCGAGUCGAGUCGUGAGUCGGUAUCUCGCUAGCGCGCCAGCAGCUCGUGUCGCGACGUCGGUGCUAUCAUGUCGAUGGCUCGGUGGUGUUUGGUGGUAAUUCUCGCGGCGACCGCUUCGGCCGCGGGCACUCGCUUCCCGCGGACUUCUCUGCCCGCUUCAGCGUCUGCUUCCGCGACUUCUACGCCGCGCCUCCCACAGAGGAACUUCACUAUUUCCUCCCGCUCGUCAGUAAGGAACAGGGAACAGUACAUAUUCAAUGUAUUUGAAGUAAUAGUGAGUACUUUGGAAACAAAACUUCAGCGGAUAGAGAACUUGGACAAGGCAGUCGAACAUCUUAUGCGGAGAGUCGAAGCUUUAGAUUCUCGGGUCAAUGACAAUAUACUCAAAACAGAUGCAAUUAUAUCUAAGCUUGGCAACCUGGACUUUAAACUAUUCAGCCACGUUUCACAAGAUGAUGGUGACAUAGUUACAGAAAAUAUAAACAAAAGGCAUAAUGAUAACAGAGUCAGCAAUACGCAAUUAUUGGACAAAAAAUUAGAGUCUUUGGACCAAAAAGUAUCCGGCAUAGACACAAAAUUAGUGGGACUAAAACAUCAAAUCGACAAUAACUUCUUACCAGUAGAUGAUAUAAAUGCAGAAGCAAGUGAAAAGAAGCCCAUUAAUCUCAAUGUUAUAGAAAUUGCAAAAGGACUGAACACAGAAGUAGUAAACGAAAUUACAAAAGAAGUAGACCAAUUAAGAACUUCUAUGACAACAGUAGAUAGAAAACUGCAAUUUCAUAUAAAUCUUGUUUCGGAGAAUUUAGGAAAAGUUUUAUAUAUGAUGGCAGACGUUCAUGCUGCAAUAGUUGAGCCAGAAUCGGCAUCAAUAAAUAUAAAUAACAUAUUUAAGAAUCGAACAGCAACGAGUACACCGCCUCCUUCGGCAAAAUCAAGUAAAAUUGAUACAUUAGUCAACAAAAUUAUACCGAUGAUGAGCGUCUCUGAAAAAAUGGAUGAAGUAUGGGAUGUUGUAGUUGGUACAAAAAGCUCUGUUGAUGAUUUAGUACCGAAAUCAGAUGAGCUUCUUACACAAACGCAGCGACAAGAGCGAGCAAUUGGGCAAAUACACAAUGACCUGCGCGUUAAAACUAAUCUGAUAAUAGAGAACCUAGAUAUGGUAGAGAAACGGUUGAAAAAACAGGAAGAUGACGUAGCAACUCUUGCACAGCGACCGGUCCCCGCUGAACUGUUGUUGGAUCCAACAAUUGAUCGACUGGUUGAGUAUGCUCCUAACAGAUAUAGAGUGGAUGAUCCUUCAACUGACCCCAGUACAAGUACAGCGCCGUUCACCACCCCAGCGGCAGCCAUAACAAAUAACAGCCCAAGCAACUCGAGUUCGAUGGGCGCUACUGUGACAGUAACUCCAGCUGGCAAUGGACAGACGACUGCUCGCCCGGCGAGUCGCAAGGGCGGCAUUAUCUUCCCCAGUGUGAAGAACAAACCCAUCAUUGGCAACAACACAUUUGCAUCGGAAAUAGUCGCCAAUUAUAAAGAUGUCAAAGGUUAUUCCUGCGUAGAUCUCCUGAAUGCUGGAAUGAGAGAUUCCGGUGUAUACUAUUUACAAAUUCGAGGAACAACCUAUUGGUUCUUGAAAGUAUUCUGCGAACAAAUAAUCGCGGACGGCGGCUGGACCGUGAUACAUCGUCGAGAUGACUUCGGAACACCUGCUGAAAACUUCAACCGCGAUUGGAGUGAUUACAAGAAUGGCUUUGGCGACCCCAGCAAGGAGUUUUGGCUUGGAAAUGAAAACAUAUACAUGCUUACCAAUAAUGAUGACUACAUGCUUAGAGUGGAGCUUGAAGAUUUUGAUGGCAAUAAGAGGUACGCCCAGUAUUCGCACUUCAAGAUUUAUUCGGAAGCAGAAUAUUAUAAACUCGAAAUAGAUGGCUACGAAGGCAACGCCGGUGACUCUUUAAAUGAUCCUUGGUAUGGCUCCAACAACAGCCCGUUCUCAACAUAUAACAGAGACAAUGAUAGGUCGUCCCUCAAUUGCGCUUCGAUGUUGAAGGGCGGCUGGUGGUGGAAAUCUUGCGGACGUGGUCUCAACGGGCUUUAUCUUCAUGAUCCACAGGACCUUACUGCUAGACAAGGUAUCGUGUGGUUCCGUUGGAGAGGAUGGGACUACACACUGAAGAGAGCUUCCAUGAUGAUCAAACCAAAAGGAAUCCAACCGAAUACGUGAACAUAUACUCGAUAACACUUUCAACUAUUUAUAGUCGGCCUCUGUUCUACUUUCACGUAAAUUCAAUGUUUGUUGAAAAUGAAAUUAUUUAUAUCUAAAACAAUUAUGGCAUUGCAAUAGUUACAUGAUGUUCUACAAAGUAGGGGCAGCCUUGAAUUAAAUUGCGUCCUACUUGUUUGCUAUCCUCUCGUCACCUUUUUCGCUUUUAUAUAAUCUACAUAACUAGCUACAUGUUGUAGAACAUUUAAGCUACAUAGCACUUGUUUGGGUAAUCUAUGGGUGGAGUUAGAUUUGGUUAAAUGGUAAUAUUUAAUUUCAAGUUUUAGUUUCUUUGCUAAAUUUUACUGGAUGCAUUAUUUUUUUAUCUAAUACAAACGGUGUGCGAGAGUGAUAAGAACAGAUAGGCCCGGUAUCCACCAAAGGGGAGAGGAGAUGAGAGAAGAUAAGCCGCGAAGCUGUCAGUUUAUUUCGACCAAAGCGGAGAGGAGAUGUCAGCUUUUAGAGCUCGAAAUCCGUCAAUGAUGACUACGAAAGGAAGAAGUCAAGUCGUUAUAAAAGUUAUAUUUUAACUUGUUUGAGGAAUAGGAAUUAGAGGUUGAAGAAACACAAUUAAUUCUUCGAUAUUUAAACUACCGCCACGCUCUUGUUCGCUCGACGCGGCUAAAAAUUCUUUAGAAAAAGAAGACGUCUCCUCUCCUCCGCGCUUGAUCCAUUUCCACCGAAGCUGAGGAGAGGAGAUAUGGAAAUAACAAAAUCUAAUUGGCUUUCAAAAUUCAUCUGUUCUCCGUUUUAGUGGAUACCGGGCUUAUGAUUUUAGCAAGUUAAUAAUUUCAUCUCCUAAUAUCGGACGGAAACGUUGCAAAGUAGAACAUUGCAGGCCGCCCGACGCUCAAAUUCAAUAUUACAACUUCUAUGUAAAUAAUUUCUUUUGUCUCGUUGAUCACAAAUUCAUUGUCCUCAUCACAUAAAAAUGUAAAUAACAGACGAUUAGAAAAACCGUGAACAAAUCAUUAAUUUAUUAUUUCACAAAUUGUUCCAUGAAAUUAUUAUUUUAAGUAGGUUUACGUUAGUUGUAAGAUGUAAAUAAAUGUAAUUGUACAGUAUUUGAUAAAAGUUGGCUGGAGCUGUUGUGUUGGAAUCUUUCAUCCCAAACAAUCAAGGGUAUUUUUGUAAUUUGUAUUUAUAAUGACAAAUGUAAAGAUUGUCUUCAUCGAGUUAGUUGAGGCUACAGGUGUUUUAAUAAAUUCCUAAGUUAAUCAUACUUCAAAAUACACGCAAACCCAUUUUAAGAUUUUCGCUUCUUUUGACAAUUUUAAUCAUUUAUGUAAUGAUAUGUAUAUUUUUUUAAUAAAUUAAAUUAAUUAAUGUAUAUCUUGAUUGUUGAUUCUUUCCAUUCGUUUUGUAUUGAUUGAAAAUCUGGUGAAACAAAAUAUUUGCGAAUUACUUUUUCUAUGUAGUAAAUAAUUUAUACGUACCUAUAUGCUGACUACUAUUAUUAUUUGCCAAAUUUAAUACUACCUGCUUAUCACAUUGUUACCGAUCCAAAUGUUGUGAGAUCCCGCCAAUAUUUGUAUUUAAUCAAUUCGAAACAUGUUUCGCCUCUACACGAGGCGUCGUCAGCAGAUGUUGACUGAAAUAUUGGCGGAAUUAACUCUCAUUAAAACUCACAACAAUUGGAUACUUAUGGUUUUCCGCAAAAUAACGUCUACUUCAAUAAAUUUUCUAAUAAUA